AUGCUCGAACCAAGGGGAGCGGACAUACCAUUAUUGUUCCUGGUUUUGGUUGUACUUCCUGUUGUAGCUUACAUAUUGUUAGGUAAAUGGAGUGAUAUUUCUGAAAAAAGAGGGAGGGCUAACUUGCUGGCUCAGAUGGCAGCUGAAGAAGCUUUUAGAGCUGAGACCAACGUCGAUGCGAGUAGAGGUGUAAGAUUUGAGACUAUGGCUACUGAGAAUAGGGCUCCGAGAUCGAGGACCAAGACUGUUCCUGCUGCUAGUGGUUUUGUAAGAGCCGAGUUUGUGGCUGGUGUGAGUGGGGCUAUUGCUGAGCAGAGGCUUGACUCUGUGGCUGCUACAUGCGGGGUCCCAGUUACUAAUGAGGGACAUGUAUGUGCGAGGUGUUUUAACCCUGCUAAAACACGCUGCUCGAGAUGCAAAUCUAUUAGAUACUGCUCCGGGAAGUGCCAAAUAAUUCACUGGAGGUUAGCUCAUAAAGAUGAAUGUAUCCCGGUGGAGACUUCUUGCUCUUCUUCAUCAGAGAGGGCUUCCUUUGAGAAUGAUUCUGUUUUGCAUGACAACGGCAUGGAUCCUACAAUGUAUAGUAACAAUUCUAAGCAGACAGCCAAGGGAAAGACGUCUAAAGUAGAAUUUGCAAGCGCUGGUAUCUCUCACAUUGAUAUUACACCACGAAUCAACACGCAAGGGAGAAAAAGCGUAGGGAAACCAAAUCCGUCCAAGUCUAACCGUGAAUCAUUUAGUGGUGAAGCUGCUUGUGCUGGUGGCGAUAACAAGAAGGGUCACACUAGACAUAAGUCGAGAAGCAACAUCGGUGCUGUGGAAACAAAUUCUAGAAGGCAUUCUGUUGAUAACGCUUGUAUGCAAAUGAAUGGACAAACUUUUGAAAGUGGUAACGGGAUGAGAAUAGCUACACUGCCCAAAUCUGGAGAACAAUCAUACACAGAGACAAGUAAGAAGGGACAAGUCGCUCCGGUAUCAAAGACUGUAAGGUCUAAGGAUACAGGUAUGGCCGAGGAAAGCAAUGGCAUCUCCUCAACCAUGGGUUCGAAUUUGAUGAAAAUGAUGGGUUUAAGAAAUUCCACAAAGCAUGACGAUCGACAUAAGAACCUGAAAAUGCUUUUCCCAUACGAGGAGUUUGUUAAGUUCUUUCAGUGUGAAGUGUUUUACUUAUCACCAAGGGGACUUGUAAAUUGUGGAAACAGUUGCUAUGCAAAUGCUGUUUUGCAGUCCUUAACAUGUACAAAACCACUCGUUGCCUACUUGCUUGGAAGAUCACAUUCAAGAUCAUGUUCUGGUAAAGCUUGGUGUCUUAUGUGUGAACUUGAGCAACAUGUAAUGAUGCUUAGAGAAUCAGGAGGUCCACUUUCUGCCAGUAGAAUUCUCUCACACAUGCGAAGUAUAAAUUGUCAGAUUGGUGAUGGGAGUCAAGAAGAUGCUCAUGAGUUCUUAAGGCUUUUGGUUGCCUCUAUGCAGUCCAUAUGUUUAGAGAGACUUGGAGGCGAGACUAAAGUGGAUCCAAGGCUGCAAGAAACAACUUUAGUUCAACAUAUGUUUGGUGGACGUCUUCGCUCAAAGGUGAAAUGCUUGAGGUGUGAUCAUGAAUCAGAAAGAUAUGAGAACAUAAUGGACCUAACACUGGAGAUCUACGGAUGGGUAGAAUCUCUUCAAGAUGCACUGACUCAGUUUACUAGACCAGAAGAUCUCGAUGGAGAAAACAUGUAUAGAUGCAGCAGGUGCGCUGGAUAUGUAAGAGCCAGGAAAGAACUGAGCAUUCAUGAAGCACCAAACAUUCUAACAAUUGUUCUCAAGAGAUUCCAGGAAGGAAGAUACGGAAAAAUAAACAAAUGUAUAAGUUUUCCCGAAAUGCUGGACAUGAUACCUUUCAUGACAAGAACUGGAGAUGUUCCUCCGCUUUAUAUGCUUUACGCUGUUAUAGUUCACUUGGACACUCUCAACGCAUCUUUCUCUGGUCAUUACAUUUCCUAUGUCAAAGAUUUGAGAGGCAACUGGUUCAGAAUCGAUGAUUCCGAGAUUCAUCAAGUGCCAAUGACUCAAGUUAUGUCAGAAGGAGCUUACAUGUUGUUCUACAUGAGGUCGUAUCCGCGUCCUCAAAGAGGAGAACACAACGGGAAAUCUCAGGUUCAUCACUCGCAACCACGAAAUGAGGUGAAGGAACAGAGGAAACCAGUUAACCGCUUUAAACCGAGAGCGGACUACAACAAGAACGUAGAGUCAUCAUCAAGUGAAUGGUCUCUCUUCACGAGCUCAGACGAAGCUUCAUUCACCACAGAAUCAACCAGAGACUCAUUCAGCACUGUAGACUACACAGACGGUUGCCACGUCCUAGACUCUUCCUCUCCUUUCUCCAUCUUCAACAACUUAUACCACAACAACGUGGAGCCAUCUCCACACAACACCGUCGCCUGCAGAAUGUUCUCAGGCACCAAACCCGAAACACGCUACUUCGUGGAGGAAGAAGCAACAAAUCACAACAACAACACGGUGGUGAUGGAAGACUCAUCCCAUGGUUAUUACCAGCCGAGUAUGUAUGUAGAUUAUGAGACUAACAACCACUGUCAGGAUCAAACUUACAGUUAUGAACAAAACUGGUAG